GAGCAUCCACUGACUCUAGUCAUGGUCCAAAACCUAGCUGGCAUAUUUAAGGAGAUGAUAAUGUUCAAUGAAGCAUUAUCCUUUGGGCAACCUCUGCUUAAAACCUCUCAAAGAAUUCUAUGGCUGGAACAUCCACACAAAAUCUGGCAAUUAUAUUUAUAA